AUGGGCAUCAAGAAGCAGAGCAAGCUGCCGCCGGCGGCUGCCCUGAAGCAGAUCCUGCGGCGGUGCUCGAGCCUCGGCAAGAGGAACUACGUGUGCGACGACGGCGGCGGCGGUGGGCCGCCGACGGACGUGCCCAAGGGCCAUUUCCCGGUCUACGUGGGCGAGAACCGGACCCGGUACAUUGUGCCCAUUUCAUACCUGACCCGACCCGAGUUCCAGGGCCUGCUGAGGCGGGCCGAGGAGGAAUUUGGGUUCGACCACGAAAUGGGCCUCACCAUUCCUUGUGAAGAAGUCGUUUUCCGGUCCCUAACUUCAGUGCUCGGAUAA